AUGUUCAUUGAUGUGUUAAUAUAUGUAGAUGACAUUGUUGUAGCAAAAAACAAUGACCAUGUCAUAUCCACUUUUAAGCUUUCUCUUAAUAGCAAAUUCAAAUUAAGAGACAUUGGUUCUCUAAGAUUCUUCCUAGGCUUUGAACUAGGCCGCAUCAGUAAAGGGAUAUCUAUUUCUCAACGCUGUUUCACUUUACAAUUGCUAAAAGAUACGAGUACUCUAGGUGCUAAACCAACAUCCUCUCCCAUGGAAUGCAACCUCAAACUCAUCAAGGAUAAAGGGGUAUUACUAACUGAUCCUACUGCCUAUCAAAGCUUGAUUGGCAAAUUAAUAUAUCUCACCAUUACACGGCCUGAUAUCACUUAUGAUGUCAAUCAUUUGAGUCAGUUUCUACAAACACCUCGUGUCCCUCAUCUUCAAGCCACCAACAGAGUAUUACAAUACCUCAAAAGCACCCCAGGACAAAGGCUGUUCUUCCCUGCCAACACCUCCCCAACAGUCUCAGCCUAUGCAGAAACUAGCUUAUCUCAAGCUAAUGUACUGGUUUCCUUUUUUGCUGAUGCUGACUGGGCGGCAUGCCAGGAUACCAGACGAUCUGUUUUAGGCUUUUGUGUUUUCCUUAGCCAAUCUCUCAUCUCUUGGAAAUCCAAAAAGCAACAAGUCGUCUCUCAUUCUUCUGCUGAAGCCGAGUAUCGUGCAAUGGAAAACACAACAUUAGAAGUUACUUGGAUCCUUGCCCUUUUUCAAGACUUUGGCAUCUCUCCCAAAAUCCCAUCAAUGCUCUAG